ACGACCGCAAAUGAAUUUAGUCUCGAUUUUGCGUAGUCAACAAUGAUUAUUGAUUAAACCCCAUAUAUUAAUAUUGAAUUUGUGCUUAGACACAAAAAAUGAUAUACUCCCUCUCUUCCAUGAAAAUUGCCCAUGGCGAGUAGUGAACAAAAUUUCAAAAAUCUUGAAGAUUGUAGCAUACAUUUUCCAAUCUCCAAUACAUGCGGUGGUUACAAAGACAUUGCUUCAACUGUUCUUCCCAGAUUUCAUUAUUCUCCAAAUUCAUUGCUUCUUUUUCAUCAUAUAACCAUUCUUUUGAAAAUCAUAACCAUAACCAAUUUCUUUCUCUUCUAAACAAUUUUCCUUCAUCUCGCAUUAUUACCAAGCAAAUCCAUUCUCAAUUAACAACCAAUGGUUUAUUGAAUAAUUUGUCGAAAUCCCAUAUCAUAUUUCUGUUCAAUACCCUUUUGAGAUGUUAUACAAUUGGGGAAUUCCCAUUAGAAGCUUUUUCUCUUUACAAACAAGCCCAGAACUCAACCACAUUGUGCUCUUACUUUGAUAGUUUCACUUACUCUUUUUUAAUAAAAUCAUGCGCUAAUUUGAGUAAUCAAUUUAUGGGUUUUCAAUUCCACGGUCUUGUUGUCAAAUUGGGUUUUGAGUCUCAUGUUUAUGUGCAAACUUCUUUGUUGAAUAUUUAUAUAGAUUUUGGGUUGUUGAGUGAUGCAUAUAAGGUGUUUGAUGGAAUGCCUGAGAGAAAUUUGGUUACUUGGAAUGUGAUGAUUACUGGGUUAGUUAAAUGGGGACACCUUGAGGCUGCUCUUGCUUUGUUUAGGGAAAUGCCUAGAAAGAAUAUUGUUUCUUGGACUGGUAUGAUCAAUGGGUUUACCCGAACGAAGGAUUAUGUUGGAGCUCUUUCAUUGUUUCAGGAGAUGAUGAUAGUUGGAGGCAUUAUGCCUACUGAAGUAACUCUUUUAGCCCUUUCUACUGCUAUUUCUGAACUUGGAGAUCUAAAAACUUGUCAAUCAAUUCAUGCCUUUGGGGAAAAAUGUGGGUAUAGUUCAAAUGGUGGUCAGUUCACAAACUGUCUUAUUGAUACUUAUGCUAAAUGUGGGUGCAUAAGUAGUGCAUUGAAGAUAUUUGAGAUGUUUGCGAGCAGAAGAAAUGUUGUGUCUUGGACAUCGAUUAUCACUGGUUUUGCUAUGCAUGGCAUGGCAAAAGAAGCCGGAGAGUUCCUCGAAAGAAUGGAGAAUUCAGGCAUUAGUCCGAACCGAGUUACUUUCUUGAGUGUUCUGAGUGCUUACAGUCACGGUGGAUUGGUAGAAGAAGGGCUACAACUUUUCCGAAAGAUCAUGGAUUGUGGGUUUAUUGAAUUAGAUGUAAAACAUUAUGGAUCUGUGAUUGAUAUGUUGGGAAGAGCAGGCAAAUUAAAAGAAGCAGAAGAAAUUGCUUGCCGAAUUCCUAAUAAGAUUAGUAAUGUCAUAAUAUGGAGAACACUCUUGGGUGCUUGCAACUUCCAUGGCGAUAUCGAGAUUGCUGAGCGUGUAUCAAGUAAGAUACAGGAGAUGGAACGGGAAUAUGGAGGAGACUAUGUUUUGAUGUCGAAUAUAUUGACUGGUCGAGAAAAGUUCGAUGAAGCAGAGAAUAUACGAGCAUUGAUGGAUAGACUGCAAGUUCUGAAAAGUCCGGGCCAUAGUUCAGUUUAAGGUUUCUUAGCUUUUAUGAGCGGGAUAUAUUGGUAUGAUGGUGAGUUCAUUUUAACGUACAGUUGCAGUUUGUUGUGCCGUAGUUAUCAACAUGGCAGCAAAGCAUGCCUAAAUGUAAAUUUUGGCAUCUCUUUGAGGCACCAAAGAGUAAAUGAUAUUUAAAUCGUCUUACGAUAGGUAAACGGCGAAACUUGCCUUCGCGUAGAAUUGUCAGUACGAUGAUCAUUGA